ACCAUGUAAAUAUUUCAUUAAGCAAUCAAACUAUAAAUAUAAUGCCACUAGCUACCACAUUUUCGUAUUACAGUCAAACAUUUAUCCUUUCUAAAUUUCUUCACAUCGAAGAUUAAACAAUGGAAUCAACAUCUCUUUCCUUUAACCCUUCUCUUUGCUCAAGAACAUGCUUUCAAAAUCAUCAUCGGAAUAAGGCGAUCUCGAGGAAGAUUUUGGCCAUGAGAAGAUCGGAGGCACAUGACCAAAAUUGUAGCCGACGACUUGUGGAUGAAAACAUGAUUGUUCUCCGGAAAAGAAUACAUGAGCUGAAGAUGAUCCAGCGCAACUAUGAACCGCCGGCGGAUUGGAUGGAAUGGGAGAAACGUUAUUAUACGAGUUACGAUUCGAUUAUAUGUGAUGUUUUGGGUGUUUUGCAAUCCCAGUUGAUGAAUACCAGGCCAAGCUUGGCUUUGGGGAUGCUGGCUUUGAUAAUGUUAAGUGUGCCUACGGCUGCUGCCCUGACGUUUUUCCAUUUGAUGGAAAUAACUAAGGGGGUUGUUGCUGCGAUUCAUUUGAUUUAGUCAAAGUGGUGAUCUAUCUUUUGUAGAUCGAUAGCAAUUUGAUCAGGAAGAAUGAAAUGUUCUUUUUUUUUUGUCGUUUUGACUUUUAAAGUAUGCUAUUAAUUUAGAAUUUUUUAU